AUGAAAUCGAUCCACAUGAUGGUUGCCACUAUCAUUGCCCUCUGCACCGUGGGCGAUUCCCACGCAGAAGCUGGUUUCCGGGGCACCUUGGAGUUUGAACAGCGUAUGCUGCAAAGCGAUGAAGGACGCUGGUGUUCCAAAAAUGUGGUUUGCCGCGCCGAGGGGUUGGAUGGAGCAUGCUGCCCUACGGUCGAUGGAGUAUAUCUGGACUGCUGCGAACGCAGAUGCUACGAAAACUUGCGAUGUGACGGACUUCAAGGCGACUGCUGUCCUACCAAAGAGGGUGAUUAUCUCGAUUGCUGCCGUCUCAAUCCGGAACAAAGAACAUGGAACCAGAACUUGGCCAGCUGCCAGAGGGCACCCAAAUGUGCGGCAAUGGGCCACCAAGGCAAUUGCUGUCCCACAAAGCAAGGCAGGCACUUAGACUGCUGUAGUUGA